UAGUGUGCGUCCCUUUUAUAUGUUAGAGCAUAAACUUAUGGUAGAACAUAUUAAAGGAUGAAAUUGAGUGAUUAUCUUGUACUUCUUUUGUGUUUUCUGUUGUUUUAUGAAACAUCCGGAGGACGUGGGGAUGUUCCAGAAAAUGGACCAGAAAUAAACAAUGGGAGCAAAGAAUUCUUAAAGGCGCUUCAGAAAAUUAUUGGGGAGCGAGUGGAAGAGCUUAUUGAAAGGAGGAGCGAGGAACUGUUUCUGAAGCUAGAAAGAAAGAUCGAAAACGUAACCGAAACCAACAAUCAGAUUAAAGAUCUCUUACAACAACAAGCUCCGACAUUAUUUCAUUAUACGAGUUUCAACACAGUGUUAAAUGAUGUUCAGAGCAAAGUAACGAAAGAAUGUGACAAAUUAAUAAACGAUAGGAAAGUAAAAUUAAUAAAUGAAACUGAACACGAUAUUAUUCAAUUUAUAAGUAAAAUGCGGUCAUACGUGUCCAAAACUAAGACAGCUAUACAUACGGUUGUGGUGCAAAGAUAUAGGGAUAUAUUUAGUGAUGCUGAUGCAAUUUCUGUCAAUACAAGUGAGCGCAUCGGUUCUAGAAUAAACGAAAUCUUCCGAAAUAUUUCAAACCUCGAAUUAGAGGUGGAACAAACGAUAGCUUUCUUUGCAACGCUUUCCGAAAAUGCUCCACAGAAAGGUGAGAUAAUUAAAUUCGACAACGUAAUAACUAACUCUGGGAAUGGUUACUCCGUCACAGAAGGAAUUUUUACUGCUCCUAUUGAUGGUUUUUAUUCUAUCCAUUGCUCAUUUCUUGUAGUAAAUGGUUAUGUAAAUGUAGAACUCAUGAGGAACGAUAAUAAAAUAGGAAGAGGCUAUGCAGCGCAAGGAAAACAUGAGAACACUGGUUCCAUAUGUUUUACAACAGAUUUAAUGAAAGGCGACGAACUAUAUUGCCAUAAACUUCCCGAUUACAGUACAGGAUUAAUUCGCGGAGAUUUAUACACCACUUUUUCUGGAUAUAUGAUAAGGUGAAUUUCAUAAAAACUUAGGUAUGCAUACCCCAUAUGUUAGACUUUUUACUGAACAAGAUAUCCAUACCAUGUAUGUGACUGGAACAACGAUUUUACGCAACUACAGUAUUUCGAGGAUGAACAUAAUCACUUUAUACACAUUUCUAUUUAUAAAAUAAAGUUGUUUGCAUAAUA